CGCUUUUCUGUUUUCAUAACCGAGUUGCAGCGCUUACGUAAUCUUACACCAGCUAGCACGCGGCGCAACGAAUCGUCGUAAUGAUUAACUUGAGGGAGAGUCUCAGUUCGGACGGCAGUACCGACGACAACAGCCAUGCGCGUGGCCAUCAUAGGAGCGGGCGUCAUUGGCCUCUCCACUGCCCAGGCCCUUCUUGAGCGCCACCACUCGAUGGGAACGUCGCUCACGGUGGAGGUGUACGCAGACUGCUUCACGCCGCUCACCACCAGCGACGGUGCUGCGGGCCUGUGGCAGCCGUACCUACAUGACAACGGCAAAACCCUGGAAACAAAGUGGAACAAGGAGACGUUUGACUAUCUGCUAGGCUUCCUCAGCUCUCCUGAUUCCAUCAGGAUGGGAAUAUUUCUGCAGUCUGGCUAUAACCUCUGCUCUGAGCGCUGCCCGGACCCUUCAUUUAAAGAUAUUGUCCUGGGUUUCCGGGAACUGACCAAGCGUGAGCUGGAACUGUUUCCUGGUUACAGCUUUGGCUGGUUCAACACAGCUCUCGUAAUCGAGGGGAAGCACUAUUUACCCUGGCUUACGAACUGGCUGAAGGAAAGAGGGGUCAGAUUUUUUCACCGAAAAAUUAAUUCUUUCAAAGAGCUUGCUGAGUCUGGUGUGAAUGUCAUCAUCAACUGCACUGGGGUUAGGGCAGGUGAGCUGCAGCCUGACCCAGAGCUGAUGCCAGGACGGGGGCAAAUAAUAAAGGUGAAUGCACCUUGGCUGAAGCAUUUUAUCCUCACACACAAUUUUGCCAGAGGAGUUUAUGAAUCACCGUACAUCAUACCAGGGAGUCACCUGGUGACUGUUGGUGGUGUUUUUCAACUGGGAAACUGGAGUGAGCAGAGCAAUUCCACCGAUCACAAGAAAAUAUGGGAUGAAGCCUGCAUUUUGGAGCCAAGCCUAAAGCAUGCCACAGUGGUGGAUCACUGGACAGGGCUGAGACCUGCCCGCAAGACAGUACGGCUGGAGAGGGAGACCAUGCAGUUCGGACCCAUGACCUGUGAGGUGAUCCACAACUAUGGCCAUGGUGGCUACGGUCUCACCAUCCACCGAGGAUGUGCCCUGGAGGUGGCCAGGCUGUUCGGGGAGAUCCUAGAUCAGGGAGCCAGGAAAGCGCACUCCAAUCUUUAAGUCACUGCGGGCGACCAUCUGCCUGGGUGUAGGUUAGCAUCAAGAGGGCAGAACCACUGCUAGUCCCCAGGUCCACAGUCGUGAUUUAAGGUGACAUGGGGAUCAUCUUUUAGCAGGUCCGGUAACACUACUCCCAUUCUUAUCAUCGUUAUAUAAACAGCCUUGAAUAUCACAAUCUCAUAAUUAUUUUAAAUGCAAAUAAGGUAUGUAUUCCUAAUUUAGUAGUUUCAUAGUUUUAUACAUAUUUGUACAAAUUUAAGGAGUAAUAUGAGCUAUCUAAAUUACAUUUACUAAAUGUUUAGUAUCUUUUAUGUAAAAGAUACUAAAGUAAUAAAGAUACAAAUCAAACAAAGUAAA